AUGAAGAAGUGUUUCUCUGGGCUUUGUCCUGAUUUCAAGUCCCGUUAUCAACUCAGCAAGAAAGCGGAAAAUGAGGCUGACACCAUUGCUAAACUCGUGGACCAAAACAAGGGAUUUACUAGAGUUUCACACCGCCCUACUCUUGAAGGGAUAGGCAUUAUCAGACCUGUAACAGAGUACGAGGCCUUUGGAUCAAGAAGCAGUGCUUUCAAUGGGAUUAAGGGGGCGUUAGAAGAUGAUAAUGUCAAUAUAAUAGGAGUGUACGGGAUGAGAGGUGUGGGCAAAACCACACUUGUCAAAGAGAUUGCUAGAGAAACCAAGGAGAAUCAGCUGUUCGAUGAAGUGGUGUUGGUUGUUGUAACACAAACUUCAAACACGGUAAAUAUUCAAAAUGAGUUUUCCAGUAAGUUAGGCCUGAAAUUAGACGAGCCUAGCCUUGAUGUUCGGGCUGCCCGACUACAUGUUCGACUAAAGAAACUCACCAAGGUUCUUAUCAUCUUGGAUGAUAUUUGGGUGGAACAAGACUUGGGCGCACUUGGAAUUCUUCCAACCGACGAACACAAGGGAUUGAAGAUGUUGAUGACGUCUAGGAAGCUCGUUGUAUUGAAGUUGAUGGGUUCUCAGAAAAGCCUUCCAAUUGCAAAAAAGGUUACCCAAAAAUGUGAAGGAUUGUCGAUCGCUAUUGCAGCACUUGCAAAGGCUUUGAAAUAUAAGGAGAAUCUGUAUGAAUGGGAGGAUGCUCCGGAGCAGCUAAAGCCCUCUGAAAUAAACUUCAGGGGUAUCUCAGGUGCUGUGUAUUCAGCUAUUGAGAUGAGCUACAAAUACUUGGAAAGGGAAGAACUUAAAUUCACUUUCUUGCUCUGCUGUAUCAUGGGUCAUAUUGCUGCCAUUGAAGGCUUGCUGAAAUGUUGCAGAGGUUUGGGUUUAUUUCGUGGCCUUGACACAAUAAAGAAGGUACUGAACAGAGUAUUGGCAGUGGCUAGUGAGCUCAAAGACUCUUCUCUGUUACUUGCUGAUUCUACCCCCGAAUGCUUUGAUAUGGAUGAUGUUGUCUGCGAUGUUGCCAUUUCAAUUGCUUCUAGGGACCAUAAUUGGCUUUCUUUAGGUAAGGAAAACGUAUUUGAAGGGUGGUCAAAUGAGGAAAGUAUGAGAAACCACCGUCUUAUUAGCGUACAAAAGACUAUGCAUCUGUCUCGUCUCACCACCUUGGAAGUAAGAGUUCCUGAUGUGCAAGCUAUGCCACAAGAUGACUUGUUUUUGGGCAACACGGAAAGAUACAAGAUUUCUGUCGAACACUACAGUUAUCCAUGUCCUAAAUGGAUGGAAACAUCAAAUGGAACAGAAGAUGUUAGAGAAAUGCUUGACGACCCAACUACUGAAGGUUUUCCACAUUUAAAGCAUCUUAAGCUCUAUAAUGUCUCAGAUAUUAAAGUUGUGAUUAACUCCAGGAUGUUGGUUUCUUGUUUGGAGUCGUUGUCUCUGUAUUAUUUGUUGAAUAUUGGCAAUAUCCCACAUUAG